AUGAUGUGCAGCGAACACGAUUCGCUGGAUUUUAUCAAUUCCUCCCAAAAUGGACCUUAUAGUUCUUCGAUAGCCUCUUCCGCCUCUUCGUCCUCAGCCUCGGUCUGGUCUGAAACUUCAUCUCAGGCCUCUGAUGAUACCUCCAUCUCCGUAUACACUUCCGACGCAUCAGAACGAUGCGAUUCUUACACCCCUACUCGGCAAUCUAUGCCGACCCGAUCUGAUAUUUUAUGCAACCAUGUUCCACCUGUCUGUUGGCCAGGACAACCGCAACAAGCCGGUGUUUCACAAGAACUCCGGAGGAAUCCGCGCCGUACCAGUAGCAGCGCGACGUCCAGGACUGGAUGCCCUCCGUCUCUAGUCCGCCAAAGCGAUCGAAAGGUCAAUUUUGUCGAUAGCCUCGUCGAUUCAUCGACGCAGAUAGUUGAAGCAAUUUGGCCACUGUCUUCCGUUUUUCACCGGCAGGAGCUUGGCAACAAGGCCGUGCUACCACUACGGACUUUUAUCCAAGAAACGUUGCGCCGCUCACGUACGAGCUAUUCUACGUUGCAAGUUGCGCUGUAUUAUUUAAUAUUGAUCAGACCUCAUGUUCCUAAUCACGAUUUCACUAUGGAGCAACCCGACGAGGUUCAUGCGAACCGGGUGCUGCAGUGUGGUCGUCGAAUGUUCCUUGCUGCUCUAAUUCUUGCUUCCAAGUAUCUACAAGACCGAAACUACUCGGCGCGAGCUUGGAGCAAGAUUUCAGGGCUCGCAACACAAGAAAUUAACCAAAAUGAGAUGGCAUUCUUAAUUGCUGUAAAGUGGAAGCUCCAUAUCACGGAUGAUGUCUUCAAGCGUUGGACGGAAAUUGUACUGAGGCACACACCACCACAACCUCCAUCCGGUUCUGUUUGUUCUCAGAUCUCAGAGCAACAAAAUCAAGAUUGGAAGAACUUGAUUCUACGGCUUGAGCCGGGGUUGGGCAAUAUCGAAGAGCUUAUUCCGCUAAGUCCUCUCACAAUUAAAGCAAAGGACUCGACGCCGGUUCCGUCUCUGCCGAGCCUUUGCGGACAGGUGGAUAAGUUAACGUAUACGAGUGACGCAGCUACGCCGAAGACUUACAAUAUUCCAUUCGUCAUGGAGCCUGCACCCGCUCCUGUAAAUACUCCGGGUCGUCCCGCUCCGGCUCUAGGUCUGCUUCCUACUCCUCGCCUCACACCGCAAUCAAUUGGGUUUAGCACUCCCGCCGCAAGUACCGCUACUUGUCUCCUUAGUAGUAAAGGCUCGAUGGGUUACGCUAUGGCACAAGCUGCAAACGUAACUGCUUCGCAAAACCUGGAUAGGUGGCCUGGAUCUCUCAGUUCCUCACCUCUCAGUUACGUUUUCACACGUCGCUCGUCUCUUGCUAAUUCUAUUUCGACGGCUUCUUCGCCAGAAUCGAUGAUAUCUGACUCGUCACGAACGUCUCGCUCAUCCUCGAUCUCAUCAGCUUCGUCAUUGGCCAGCGCGCCGUCCACCAAAUUGGAUGUUCAGGCGCGAUGCCGAUACGCGAAGUUGUGUAGUGAAAGGUAUAGCUUAAGAACAAUCAUCGCUUCAGUGCCAGAAGACUACGAAGAGAAUUGUGUUACAUCCUCUCCCGAAUCUUACACCGGCCCGGUCAGUAAGGAUUUGGUGCAAAUGUCAUUGGAAACCCCAUUGGCCAGAGGAUGUGAAUUGGACGAAACGGCGAAUGCUGCCAGGGUUUUACAGCAACUCCAUUCCCAGCUUCAAAACUGUCACCCGCAGCCUCGCUCUUCUACCAAGCCUGGUUCAAAGCGUAGCCGACCAUUGUCAAUCGAUAACUCGCUCCAAGAGAAUGUGCGUGAAAUUCUAGGCAGCCAGUGCUACGAAAAGGAACGUCCGGGUGUUACGGCCUGUGGUCUCCCGACUCCGGAAUCGGGAAACCAACGGACGCCAGUUCUAUCAAAUGGAGGCCGGAAGCGGAUGUGCUGCUCGUACGAUGCCCGGCCGUUUAUUCCUUCCAUCCACCCUGCAGUCGGUGGUCCCGGUGGACCAGGAAUGUGGGAAGGCAUCUUAAAUUAG